UAACGGACUUUUUAAUUCGUUAAGUGUGCAGUAUAUUUUUAUAUUAUUGUUGGUGUGGAGCAGUGUUGCGGAGUGUGGAGUGUGGAGCAAUUCUGUUAGUUAACAUAGGUCUGGUAAACGCAAUGUUAGCUUGCAUCACGAAUUGUUGUCUGUGCCAUACACACAAUUUCGCGGAAAUCACAAUUAAUAGAAAUUGACGACCUACGACCAGACUUGGCCAAGUCUGGAAUUAAAAAAUAAUCUGCCCAACACACUUCCCCUUCCGUAGUAUAUAAGCAAAGAACAGCAACAUGGUAUUCGGACUCCUGGUACGCGGUGGCCUGGUCGCUGGCGCUGUCUACUACACCCGUAAGGCAGGCGUCUGGGGCAAUACGGAGCAAACGGAUAAACUCUACAACGAUGUCAAGGGCCAGCUUAGUCCGUAUGUACAGCAGGCCAAGAACAAGCUGCCAUUCGAGCUGCCACAGCUGCCCAAGGUGGGCGAAAUGCGCUUCCUAGCCAAACACUAUUACAACGAGGGCGUGAAGAACUCAUUCCGGUUUGUUCAUAUGUUGCCCUGCUACGCGGGCCGAGGCCUCAAGAAGUUGAAAGAUACAUUUGAAGAUUUUGCCAAAUCACCAGCAAUCGCAGCCAGCGAGCACCAACAGCACGCGCAGCAAGCGGCGAAGUAGGCCAACAUCUGCUUUCCUUAUCCAUUCGAUAGAAGGCUGUUUUCAUGUUAGUUCAUAGUUAGUAUAUUGAAUACACUAUGUUUGUGUAAUAAUUUCCCACGAAAUCAAUUAGCGAGCGGCUGCUCUGCGGGAAAAUCGAAGAUGUCAAGAGCAAGACUCUUGCUAUAAAAUACUUAUUUACCUCUAAUUGUGGAAUACUUAAGCGGAUGUCGCUCGAUCUUUUAUGCUAGUAAUAAACAAUAUUAUCUUAUAAGCGUGAAAGGCGCUCAAAAAAUCG